GCGCCCAAAAUUCAUAAUAUGCGUGUCAAAUGGGAUGAAAGAAGACGAAGACGUGGAGAGAGAACAGGAAUUCAGGGAUGAGUUUAAAGGACCGCAUUAAGCACCUCCCCGGACUCACACACAUUAGAGUCUAUGGUUUCUAGCGUCCGAUGCCAAAAAGGGAGCGUGGUUAGAGACAAAUUCAGAGUCGUGCUCGGGAGAGUAUUAAUAGCAGGGAAGUAACUUUUCCCUGGCGGUCUGUUGAAGACCACCCGAGAGGACCGUGGAGGUGUGUUCCCGGCAGGGCUGUUGGGACAAAGUGGGAGCUGCUUUGGGACUUGAGAUGAGCGGUUGCGUUCAUGGUGAAUCAUAAUGAAAAAGAAAGUGCGAAUGCGACUACCGGUGCAGAAAAAGGAGAAAAGCCGCCACACCCUGCUUGUAAAACCUUCCCGCCUUACACGCCCGCCAGCGGGGAGUGGGCGUCUUCUCUCGGCUGGAUUUUUCAAAAUUUGGUUAUUGCAGUGAAUUCUCUUUUUCCCUUCAAGUUGAGCUGGUUGUACGCCAACAGGCUACGAAGGAGUUAAAUGCUGUCCUCUCAGUUCAGGGGGAAAUUAGCCCUCUUCAAACACUGCAGCUGGCUGGCUCGCUGGUCGGUAUAAAGGUAGGGCGACCCGCCGCCAGGACGCACAGUUCCCUUUGUGACAGGAGCUGCAACAAUUAUACAACACUGUGGCAGUCAUGGAUGUACCUGACGUUCAGAGGAAGAGAAUAGCUGUCAUUGGUGGUGGCUUGGUUGGAUCAUUAAAUGCAUGCUUCCUUGCAAAGAGAAACUUCCGAGUUGAUGUAUAUGAAGCUAGGGAAGAUAUCCGAGCGGCUCAGCUUUCCCGUGGAAGAAGCAUUAACUUGGCCCUUUCUUAUAGAGGACGACAAGCCUUGAAGGCGAUUGGCCUGGAGGAACAGAUUGUAUCCCAAGGCAUUCCCAUGAGAGCAAGAAUGAUUCACUCUCUUUCAGGGAAAAAGUCUGCAAUUCCCUACGGGACCAAGUCACAGUAUAUUCUUUCUAUAAGCAGAGAAAAUCUAAACAAGGACCUAUUGACUGCUGUUGAGAAAUACCCCAACGCAAAGGUGCACUUCGGCCACAGGCUGUUGAAAUGUAACCCUGAGGAAGGAGUGAUCACAGUGCUUGGAUCUGACAAAGUUCCCAUAGAUGUCACUUGUGACCUCAUUGUAGGAUGUGAUGGAGCCUAUUCCACUGUCAGAAGUCACCUCAUGAAGAAACCCCGCUUUGAUUACAGUCAGCAGUACAUUCCUCAUGGGUACAUGGAGUUCACGAUCCCACCCAAGAAUGGGGAUUACGCCAUGGAGCUGAAUUAUCUGCAUAUUUGGCCUAGAAAUACCUUUAUGAUGAUUGCACUUCCUAACACGAACAAAUCUUUCACGUGUACUUUGUUCAUGCCCUUUGAAGACUUUGAAAAUCUUGUAACCAGCAGUGAUGUGCUGACUUUCUUCCAGAAGUACUUUCCAGAUUCCAUCCCUCUAAUUGGAGAGCAAGCCCUGGUCCGAGAUUUCUUCCUGUUACCAGCGCAGCCCAUGAUAUCUGUGAAGUGCUCUUCUUUUCACCUGAAGUCACACUGUGUGCUGAUGGGGGACGCGGCUCACGCCAUCGUGCCCUUUUUUGGGCAAGGAAUGAAUGCAGGCUUUGAAGACUGCUUGGUAUUUGAUGAGUUAAUGGAUACAUUCAAUAAUGAUCUUAGUAUGUGUCUUCCUGAAUAUUCGAGAUUGAGAAUUCCAGAUGACCACGCAAUCUCAGACCUGUCCAUGUACAAUUACAUAGAGAUGCGAGCACAUGUCAACUCGAGGUGGUUCAUCUUCCAAAAGAACGUGGAGAGAUUUCUUCAUACUGUUAUGCCAUCCACCUUUAUCCCUCUCUAUACCAUGGUCACCUUUUCCAGAAUAAGAUACCACGAGGCAGUGCUACGCUGGCAUUGGCAGAAAAAGGUGAUAAAGAAAGGACUCUUUUUCUUUGGAACACUGAUAGCCAUUGGUAGUACCUACCCGUGUAUGUGCUCCAUGUCACUGAGACCCCUGCAUUACUUCAGAAGACCAUGGGACUGGCUGACUUGCUUCCACAAGACAACGUGCUUCCCUGCAAACUCCAUGGGGUCACUAGAAAAAAUUCCCAAUGUCAUUAGCAGGUAAUAUAAAGAUUCUGAAGUGGCGAAUGGAUUUCUUUGUAACUAAAAGUAAGGCUCAAAACCAUGUUUCCAUCGUCAUAUUUAAUUCACUAGUGAAAAAUACAUGUCAGCUUCCAAUUAAAUUCAGUAUAGAAUUUC